GUUGCUGUUCCAAGUGGCAGGCCACUCUUUUACCAGUGCUUUUUCCGGACUAUUCCUCUUUCAUAAUUGCCCGGCCCCCUCCCAGCCCCAUCCCCUCCGCUCAAUUCUUGUAUCAUCAUUAUAAGCGAGAGUUGGCAACCCGUACUCGGAGGAUGUCCAACAACCGACACCACAACCCGCACGACCAGGUGGAAGACGACGGGGAGCAGGACCCUUCCCUCUACGUUCCGACUGAGUCCUCCUGGCAUUCGACCAACGAGGAAAUGUCAGGAAUUGUCCGUCAACAGAGAAAUACAGGGCAUGUCCGAAGGGAUUACGCAGGUACCAUGGAUUCCUCUACAAGAAGGGACUACGAUCAGCGACCAGACGAUAGCCAGCCUGAAGCUUCAACGCGCGUCGUCUCUCAGUCGUCAUCCGGCCCACCAAGGAAGCCAUCAGUAACGCGUCGUAUGUCCUCAAAGCGACAAGUUCCUCAUAAGGGACAAGAGUUCUCUACAGACGACGAUGUGCAAGAAGUGGAAGAGGAUAUUGCCAAACAACAUGGCUCUAAUCCGCAGGCGUCGCCCAGGAUUCGCCCGCUUAGAAAACAGAGCUCAACUUUGCGCCGACGCUUGAAUGCUCGAAUGAGCCCCCUUGCUCAGGCAGACUCAGAUGUUGACGAUGAGAAUGAUACUGCGUUACCUGAUGCUCUCGUAGAAGGGACUGGGCCGGAGCCUUCUGUUCAGCGAUCUGAGACCAGCAGCCAAGCCGGGGAGGGCAUUCAUAGUGAGGAGGAAGAUGCGGCGUCGAGUGACGCAGAAAGCUUCACGCUGAAGGAUCGCCAGCAAGCCAUAAACGAAACGCAUCCUUUCGGUAUCAGACUUUGGAAACCCGCAUUGUACAAGAAGAGUCGUUCGGUGGAAAAAACAGCCGAAGGUGACAUCCACUCUUCGCCUGGCGGCCGAGUGGGUAAUCUCCUAUUCCUAAUCAACAUUCUGUGGACUCUGUUCUUCGGUUGGUGGCUGGCCCUGGCUGCAUUGGCGGGUGCCAUCGCGUGCUUCGUGUUUGCGUAUUCGCCAAGUGCGGUUGAAUACGGCCGAGUUUUCUCUGGCCUCUCUUGGUAUCUUAUCUAUCCCUUUGGAUCCUUUGUCCGCCUGGAUACGGAUGAGAAUUACGCAGAGGAGGAUGAAGGAGAAGGUCGCAGUAUCAGCGAGUAUGAACAAUGGCAAAAUGGUGACCUUGAACAUGGUAGAUUAUUCUUCGGUCCCCGGCGUGACAGAUCCCUUGUUGGAAGGAGGAGAAACAGCGUCGAUUCAGCCAGUGAACAAGACAGCCUGCUCGGCCGAACUCAAAGAGGUGUCGCGAGGGAGAGCCCCCUCAGUCAGCCGAAGCGACGAUUAUUCGGUCGUGGCGAGUGGACGCUUGGCCGCGUGGUGUUUUUCAUUUUUUUCUACUUCCUUGUCGGACCGCUAAUGCUCCUAGUCUCGCUUCUCUGUUGGCUGUUGGUUUUCUGGAUUCCUAUGGGACGUGUGACCAUCAUCUUGUUUGAUCACCUUAGACGACAUCCUCUGGCCUUGUCCUAUCACUCUGAUACAGCAUAUAUAAGGCUCAGUCCCGGGUCUUCCUCUUCUGUCCUGCUAUGCACCUAUCGUGCAGCUGGUCUGCGAUACUGGAAAUAUACCGUCGGCGGAACGAACAUCUUCUUAAUCAACCUACUCGGUGUUGUUUUAUUCGUUAUCUUUGACUACUUCCUUCUCAGCGAAACCCUGGGUCUCCAAACGGCCAUCACUCAUCCGGGCCUUAUAUUCACUCUAGCUCUCGUAUCAAUCAUCCCUCUCGCUUAUUUUAUCGGACAAGCUGUUGCAUCAAUUUCAGCUCAGUCAUCGAUGGGCCUGGGUGCUGCUGUUAAUGCUUUCUUCUCCACAGUAGUCGAGGUCUACCUUUAUUGCGUGGCCCUUACUGAGGGAAAGGGUCAGCUGGUGGAAGGUAGUCUUAUUGGAAGCAUAUUUGCGGGCAUCUUGUUCCUCCCGGGUCUUUCGAUGUGCUUUGGUGCUAUUAAACGCAAGACUCAGCGGUUCAAUGUGAAGUCGGCUGGUGUCACUUCCACAAUGUUGAUGUUUGCCGUCAUUGCUGCUUUUGGGCCAACACUCUUUUACCAGAUUUAUGGCAGUCAUGAACUUAAUUGCCGAUCAUGCGCCGACACCAUGGAGUCAAGCGGUAGCGACUGCCGUCGUUGUUAUUUCUCACAAGUUCCAGCUGUCAAUGAUAGCUUUUUCCGAAAAGCUGUUCAACCGUACUCCUGGUUCGCUGCCUUAUUCCUGUUCCUGUCAUACGUCAUUGGAUUAUGGUUCACGCUGAGGACCCAUGCGGCCCUCAUCUGGGCCACAGAAUCUGAGGAGAAGAAGACAGCGGCCUAUGCCAUUGAGCAGGGUUCGUACGAGCCUCGGAACUUGGAUACUUUACAAGCCUCCGCAAUGACCAUUGGUGGUCUUGCCGCGUCGAGAGGCUCAGUGCGCGAUUCACAGCUUUACAAACGUAUCCUAGGCCAGUCUCUGAAGCAUGUUGGUCUAUCUGAGACUGCGGGGGAAUGCAACGUCUCUACGCAUGGCAAAAACGCAGCACCGUAUCUUGUACCUCCACAAACCACGGCUGCAGACAACCACCCAAGCUUGAAGGAUUUGCGAGAUCUAUCCAGCGAGGAAAACGAAGACCUUAUGCGUCGGGUAACCGAAGUAGCAGCGACGGCGGCUACUGUUGCUGCCCGUGAUGCUGCACGGUCCCGGAAGCCAUCCGUGCAACUCGGUCAGCUUCGACAAGCAAAUAAAGCAGCCGUUGAUUUGGCGAAGUCACACGUGGACGAAGCCGAUGAAACUGGUCUCGAAAACCCUCACGCUAGUGGUGGACAUGAUGCACCCAAUUGGAGCAAAGCCCGGAGUUCCAUAAUUUUGCUGGUGGCAACCAUACUGUAUGCUAUUAUCGCUGAGAUCUUGGUUAACACGGUCGAUGUAGUUCUAGAGAGUGUGGACGUGGACGAGAAGUUCCUAGGGAUCACACUCUUCGCCCUAGUGCCCAACACGACGGAAUUCCUGAAUGCAAUUUCAUUCGCCAUGAAUGGCAAUAUAGCACUUUCCAUGGAGAUAGGAUCGGCAUAUGCAUUGCAGGUUUGCCUCUUGCAAAUCCCUGCCCUAGUACUUUUUAGUGCUAUGUAUUCUCGCUUAAUAGAUCCGUCCGAAUUGCUCACUCAUACAUUCAACUUGAUAUUCCCUCAAUGGGACAUGAUUUCAGUUAUCCUUUGUGUCUUCCUCCUCUCCUACGUUCACGGCGAAGGCAAGAGCAAUUACUUCAAGGGCUCAAUCCUCGUCCUUACCUAUCUCGUCGUCGUCAUCGGGUUCUACCUUUCAGGCUACAGCAACAUAGAGACUAUGGGCAUUGACCGGUUCGACACGCUGGCUCUUGGUUCAUACUCGCCGGAAAGGUUUUACACGGUUGGUCGAGCCACGAGUGGUCAAGCCUUCGCACCUCAUUAAGGACCGUCUUCUCCGCUUGUUGGUGUGAUGGAUAGCUGCUGGGUCUUGUGGGAGUGUUCCGUUGCUUACAGAGAGAUGAAUCGUAUUUCACCAGCCUUUCAUAAUCUCUUUACCUUAACAUUGCUCAUUAGGCGACAUUAUUUUGCCUUCCCGCUCCUCCCUUGCCUUUUUCUUC